CCUGAGACCUGAUGGCAGUUCCGUGUCCUUGCCCGUCCCCGGCGGCGCGGCGCCAUGAGCGCCCGCCAGCGUGCGGCCAGCCGUGGCGCUCUGCGGUGCUGGUCGCAUUGGUGACGCGGGCCGCUCCCACGGGCGCCUUGAAGUUCCACUCCAGCACGGCCCAGGUUGAGGCGAGCCUGCCGUUGCUACCAUACCCCGCCUCCGUGCAGGCGCUGCAGGGCACGCCUCCCUUCAGCCUGUCCGGUCCCGUCGAGGUCCUGCUCGGGCCAGGCGCCUCGGCCGCCGACCCCGCCGUCGCCAGCCUGCAGCGGCAGGUCGGCCGGGCGGCGCGUGCCGUCGGCGAGGCCGCGAGCUCGUACAUCCGGCUGGCCAUCGCGGAGGAUGCGAGGGAGAACCCGGAGAGCUACAGGUUGGUGGUGAACGGAAGCAGCGCGGAGAUCACGGCUGCGUCUCCUGCUGGGCUCGCGUACGGCGCCCGCACCUUGGAGCAGUUGGUCCUCGCCGCCAGCUCGGGCGGUCCCAGUGCCAUGGCGCACGCCAUUCAGGCCGUGGACAUCUUCGACGCCCCCGUGUUCAAAUGGCGUGGGAUGCAUUUGGAUGUGAGCCGACACUUCUUUCCGAUCGCCGACGUCAAGCGGCUGCUCGACACCAUGGCCAUGUUCAAGCUGAACCGCUUCCACUGGCACCUCACGGACGACCAGGGCUGGCGCAUACCCAUUCCAGGCUACCCGCUGCUCACCACCAAGGGCUCAGGCCCCAGGAUGAAGGACGGCCAGGUGGUCACUGGCGAGGGCGUGGAGGGCUCGUAUUCCGAGGCCGACAUCGAGGCGGUGGUGGCCUACGCCGCGGCCCUGCACAUCGAGGUCGUACCAGAGAUCGACGUGCCAGGGCACGCCGCUGCCGCCAUCAGCGCCUACCCCGAGCUGGGCAACGUCGGCUCCCAGCCACCCCCGGCGCCCUUGAACGAGUGGGGCCAGUUCAAGUGGACGCUGAGCCCGACGCAGGACAGCGUGCGAGCCGUGACUCUCUUCCUUGCCCGCAGCCUUUCGUUUCAGCCUCCAUGCUCUUCUAAAUUUCGCUUGUCAGCUAAUUUUGCGUUCCCCCUCAGUGUUUCCCCCUCCUCGUGGUGAGUUCCCAAAUGGCUGUCACACUCUUCGUACCAACGUUGCAUCCUUGCCGUGUCUAGCAAUAGCAUGUGCUCUGUGCCUCCCAUAUUGUAUUUUGAAGCAUGUUCUACGUCCACCCCUCUUGCUCGUGCAAGAGCCACGUUGUAUAUGUCCCUGGUUGGCGACCUUGCAAGCAAUCAGCCUUCUGUUGCCACAGCCGCGGCACGCAGGAGACAGUCAAAUUCUUGGAAGCGGUAGUCGACACAGUCGCCAGGUUAUUC